AUGGCUCCCUAUAAAUAUGAGCGUCUGAGCUCGCCGACCACACAAAUCCGCCUACUUGAACUACUCCCGGGUCGCGGGAUCAUCGAGUGCCGACUUAAGAUUACCGAACUCGACGAGGCAAAGGGCACCUAUGAACCGAUUUCGUACUGCUGGAAAUCCUACAGCCGAAUAUCCCAAAUUUGGGCGGAGCCUUCGCUGGAUACUCGGCUUGGGUACAAAGAGAAGAAAAAGCAGAAGACUUUUCCAGUGCGUGUUGAUGGGUGUGACUUCCCCAUCACCGAGAGUCUACAUGGCGCACUCCGGCAAGUGAGGCUCGAGUGGGGAACAAGAACUCUAUGGGCCGACGCGAUCUGCAUAAACCAGGCCGACGAUGCGGAGAAGAGUGCACAGGUUGUCAUGAUGUCUAGAAUCUACGAGGGCGGUGUCCGAACGCUCGCGUGGCUCGGCGAGGCAGACCACGAGACCCAGAUGGCAUUUAUACACCUGAAACGCUGUGCACGUAGGGAACUGGACCGUUCAAGUCAUUCCUCCCAGAAUCAACAAUCGAAAGCAGGGGAGACAUCCAACGGUACCUCAAGUCUCGAUGGCUCGAAAGAAGGGAGGCGGCUGGAACUGAAUCCUAUCCGGCACCGACUGUUACAGUUCGCGGUCGCACCGAUUAUCAAUCGGCCUUAUUUCAAGCGCGCUUGGGUUAUUCAGGAAAUCGCCAUGUCAGACAGCAUAUUAGUUAUGUGCGGCAAGUUCGACAUCCCAUGGCAGGAUCUCGUUAUUGGUUUCCGCCACAUGUCAUUUUGGUCACCAGGACACGACUCCUUCGUCGCAUUGAAUAAUAUUUGGAACUCCCCGGGUAAAUAUAACGUGGUGGAAGCGGCUGCUUUAGCCGCAGCGGCACAAGCAUCGGACCCUAGGGACAAGCUCUAUGGGGUCCUGGGCCUUGUCCCUGACGAGCUGAUGACCGUGAAGAUCGACGUUGACUAUUCCAAGGAUCCCGAGCAGGUGUUCUAUGAUUUCACCAAGCAACUAACAUUAGCCAGUACGAAGCUAGGGAUGCUUUGUAUGAGCUACGGCUCCACCCCGGACAAGCCCAGGCAUUUACCGUCCUGGGUAUGGAAUCCGCAGCCUAAUGGUCCUUAUGAACGGCUCUCUCUGCCUUAUAACACGGAUUACCAGUACCAAGCCACUGGAGAGUCAGAAUGUAAACCAGAAUUCUGUGGGAAACUGCUUGGAUUGCGUGGCUAUGUGCUUCAAACGUUUAACAUUGUCAGCUCGGUCUGGAGCGGGAAGCCUCCAUUAACAUUGAUGUCUUCUCUACAUAACCAGCCAGACCAAAUGUUCAAACUAAUUUUAUGGUAUUUCGAAGUCAGGGCUAUUGGAGGUCUCACCGAAGUCUCAGCGGACUCCGCAGCCGCCGAAUACCGCAGGUAUAUACUGUGUCACACACUUUGGCCCUUUGAAUUCUUGCGCGACAUAACUCUGCCGGUUUAUCAGUCAGCAAACGCUCAGAGGCUUGUCCGAUACAGCCGAUUCGAUUCUGAGAUUAAGAAGCGAUUUGGAAAGCAUGUGCCUGAAGGGACCAGACGGAUGACAUUUAGGUCGGAAUUAAAAUUGUUCGUGGCGAUACACGCUUUGCUUAUUCGUGGCCAUUUUGGGAGCUCUGCUGCGAUGGAUCUUGAAGAAUUGUUUCCCCCAUUUUCGAACCUGGUUAACCGCCGCCUUGCAAGGACCGACGCAGGACAACUUGCCUUGUGUCCAAAAGAGACGGCAGUUAACGACAAGCUCGUCCUGCUGCAAGGAUCCGAUGUACCAUUCAUCCUCCGGCCGAUUGGCAACCACUGGCAAAUUGUAGGCGAGUGCUACGCUCAUGAAGUCAUGGAUGGGUCGGCGUGGGACGAGUCCCGGUGCGAGAUGUUGUGGAUCGAAUAG